UGCAAAGUUGUUUGGCAUCAAGUUAUUAAAAGGCGUAUGCAAACGUGAUAUAUUUUGGGGAACUACUUCGUAAACAAACGCCACCAUGAUUUCUUCAAAGCUAUUUUUAUUGUGCCUCCUACUGUUAACAGUAUUUGUUGGAGGCGAUGAGCACAAUCACAUUUAUGAAGACAACGAAGAAGUCGUGUUGUGGGUGAACACAGUCGGUCCUUAUCACAAUCGUCAGGAGACGUACCUUUACUUUUCAUUACCCUUCUGCAGCGGGCCCAAAGAGACCAUCAGCCACUACCAUGAAACUUUGGGAGAAGCAUUGCAAGGGGUGGAACUUGAGCCUAGUGGAAUUCCAAUUGAUUUUAAAGGAUCAAUAUCAACUACUCCUUACUGUGAAGUGGGGUUAACCGAGGAAAAGCUUAAAGCUUUUACAUAUGCUGUGAAAAAUCAUUAUUGGUACCAAAUGUACCUUGAUGAUUUGCCUAUUUGGGGAGUUGUUGGUGAAAUUGGAGAAAACAAUGAAUACUUUAUCUUUACUCAUAAAAAGUUUGAAAUUGGUUUCAAUGGGAAACAAAUUGUUGAUGUCAAUUUGACAUCAGAAAACAAAGUUAAGCUUGAGGAUGGUGCUGUGAUUUCCUUCACUUAUGAAGUCAGCUGGAAGGGUUCUGCUGUCAAGUUUGAAGACAGAUUUGACAAAUACCUUGAUCCAAAUUUCUUUCAACACAGAAUUCAUUGGUUCAGUAUUUUCAACAGUUUUAUGAUGGUCAUAUUUUUGGUUGGUCUUGUCUCAAUGAUCUUGAUGCGUACAUUGAGGAAAGACUAUGCGAGAUACAACAAGGACGAAGAAAUGGAUGAUAUGGAACGUGAUCUGGGUGACGAAUAUGGUUGGAAGCAGGUACAUGGCGAUGUCUUUCGCCCAUCUUCUCAUGCCACAUUCUUUUCAGCCCUUAUUGGCAGCGGCUACCAUAUCACUGUAGUCACCAUAAGUGUCAUUCUUUUGACAAUUGUUGGUGAACUUUAUACAGAACGUGGCUCGUUGAUCAGUACAGGAAUUUUCGUAUAUGCCGCCACGUCACCUGUCAAUGGUUACUUUGGUGGCAGCUUGUACGCACGCAUGGGUGGGAAGCGAUGGAUCCGACAAAUGCUUGUUUCCGCAUUUCUUGUCCCAUCUGUUGUCUGUGGAACAGAGUUUUGCAUCAAUUUUAUCGCCAUUUAUUAUCAUGCCUCAAGGGCCAUCCCAUUCGGAUCCAUGGUUGCCAUCACUUGUAUAUGUUUAUUUAUUGUCCUUCCUUUGACAUUGGUGGGAACGGUAUUAGGACGAAAUUUAUCCGGCCAACCAGAUUAUCCAUGUCGUGUCAAUGCCGUCCCUCGUCCAAUCCCGGAGAAAAAAUGGUUCAUGGAACCUGCAGUAAUUGUUGCACUCGGCGGCAUUCUUCCAUUUGGAUCUAUCUUCAUUGAAAUGUAUUUCAUUUUUACGUCUUUCUGGGCCUACAAGAUCUACUACGUGUACGGCUUCAUGCUUCUCGUCGUUUUGAUUCUAAUUGUAGUCACUGUAUGUGUUACGAUUGUCUGUACUUAUUUUUUGCUCAACGCCGAGGACUACCGAUGGCAAUGGACAAGCUUCUUAUCAGCAGCCUCGACAUCGGGCUAUGUCUAUCUGUAUGCCAUCUACUACUUCUUCUUUAAAACCAAGAUGUAUGGAUUGUUCCAAACUGCUUUUUACUUUGGCUACAUGGCCCUUUUUAGCCUUGGCUUGGGCGUUCUAUGCGGAACCGUGGGUUACAUAGGCUCCAGUCUCUUUGUCCGAAAAAUUUAUUCAACCGUCAAAAUCGAUUAAAUUAAUUCGAUAUGAGCGAAGCGUUUUCUGCUUGGCUGGAUCGCCCUGUAUAGAUCCGUAUGGCACAACUCGCUUUCUGAUUGUUAUUUGGUUCUUCUUUCAUCCUUAAAAGAAUUCAAUUUCUAAUUCGUUUCAGUUUUUCAUCUGUCACAUUGUUCACCGACCAGUUCAGUCGCAUUACCUGUCCCAACCAUGUGGAUUAAUGUUUCCUCAUAUUUUAAAAUUAAUGGAUUGCAAAAAAUUCCAAUCCGGGCGGUUAAUAGUUGUUAAGAUGGAAACACUGCAUUGGCCGGGUCAAUUUAUGUCUACUAUGAAGUAAAAAGUGUCAAAACCCUUCUCCAUAAAAUGUAUUAUUGUUCAAUAAAUUUGUUUUGAUCAAUCAAA